CAAGAAGAUACGUUGGGUCUACCAAGUGUACCUACUACUAAUUCGCUUCAUGAAAGAUGACAGUCGUAAUAUAAAAAGUGGCCUCAUUUCGCUGGGACUUUUUAUGGUUACCUCAAUGACCCUUGCCAUUAUGUACUCGGGCGUAAGCGGCCUCACACAGACUUCAGUGCAAGAUAUUGCCGGCUCCAUAUUUAUGGUAUCCAAUGAAAUGAUAUUCACCUUCUCUUAUGGCGUCACCUAUGUGUUUCCCAGCGCACUGCCAAUUAUGCGACGUGAAGUGGGCGAAGGCACUUACAGUCUAUCAGCCUAUUAUGUGGCUGUCGUAUUAUCAUUUGUACCGAUGGCUUUCUUUAAAAGUUACUUAUUCUUCUCGGUUAUCUAUGGUGCUGUCUACUAUACAAGAGGCUUUAUGCUUUACCUGUCAAUGGGUUUGGUUUUGGGUCUUUCUGCUAUUGCGGCUACCGGUUACGGUCUCUUUCUAUCCAGUUUCUUUGAGACCGUUAAUAUGGCUUCAGAGUGCGCAGGACCAUUCGAUUUACUAUUUCUAAUAUUUGGUGGCGCUUACUAUAAUGUGGACUCGAUACCGUUAAUUAAGUAUUUAUCAUUGUUCUUCUACUCCAAUGAGGCUUUGAUGUAUAAUUUUUGGAUUGGUGUGGAUGAGAUCGAUUGCCCUAAAAAGUUGGAUCAUCCGUGUUUCCAAAAUGGUUUGGAGGUUCUAAAGCGUGGUUCUUUCAAAACGGCCGAUUACACUUACUGGGUGGAUUGCUUGGGUCUGCUGUGCGUUGCUGUUAUUUUUAAUAUAGUCGCUUAUUUCUUUAUAAAAAAGUAUGUGAAAAGAAGUGGUUACUAUUAAGACACUAAGUUUUUUCACAUAAAUUUGUUUUCAUCAGAAUUUGUAUGAAUACAGCCACUACAAUUUAACCUUAAGACACUAUUGGCUUAUAUUUGCAUUAAAAAUGAAUGUGGUUUAUUUAGAUAGUGUCCUUUAAUCGCGUAUUUUUCUCGCCAAAGCUUUGAUUAUUAAAUAAUUAUAACUGAAGCAGG